AUGGACGGUAUCAACCCCUACAACCCCGCUCAGGGCAACGGUGCCCCUCCUCCCAACGCCAACGGCGACGGCUUCGGUACUCCCGUCUCUGGCGGCAUGCCCUUCCCCGGCAACAAUGGUUCCGGAGAGAUUCCCGGCGGUGUGCAGGCCCCUAACCAGCAAGACGCGAAUAAGAACACUCUCUGGUCAUGGCGCAGGAUGGGCGAGCUCGAGCCCUGGAUGGAUGAGAACUUCAUCAAGGGCGUCUUCCUCACCGCCACCGGAGAGCCUGUCAACGUCAAGGUCAUCCGCGACAAGACGUCUGGCAAUGCCGGAUACUGCUUCGUCGAGUUCACCUCGUCUGAGGCUGCCAGCAAGGCCCUCACCUUGAACGGCUCCCCCGUUCCCAACUCCAACCGUGCCUUUAAGCUCAACUGGGCUUCUGGGGGCGGCAUCAACGACCGACGCGACGACCGUGGUCCUGAGUACUCGAUCUUCGUCGGCGACCUCGGCCCAGAGGUCAACGAAUACGUUCUUGUGUCCCUCUUCCAGGCGCGGUUCCCCUCUUGCAAGUCUGCUAAGAUCAUGACGGAUGCCAUGUCGGGACAGUCGCGUGGCUACGGCUUCGUCCGUUUCACCGAUGAGCAGGAUCAGCAGCGAGCUCUCGUUGAGAUGCAGGGAGUCUACUGUGGCAACCGCCCCAUGCGCAUCUCCACGGCCACCCCCAAGAACCGUAACCACGGCGGCCCGUACCAGCAGCAGCACCACGGCAACCAGAUGAUGGCUCCCGGCCUGCCUCCUCACCAGCAGGGAUUCUACGGGGUUCCCUCGCCUGCUCAGUACGGCGGUGCUUAUGGCGCCCCCUACAACCCUCCUGGCCAGCAGAUGAACCAGUUCACCGACCCCAACAACACCACCGUUUUCGUCGGCGGCCUCUCUGGCUACGUCACCGAGGACGAGCUCCGUAGCUUCUUCCAGGGCUUUGGCGAGAUCACCUACGUCAAGAUCCCUCCUGGCAAGGGCUGCGGUUUCGUUCAGUUUGUCCACCGCCACGCUGCCGAGAUGGCCAUCAACCAGAUGCAGGGAUACCCUAUUGGAAACUCCCGCGUCCGUUUGAGCUGGGGCCGCAGCCAAAACAACUCUGGUGUUGGUACCCCCUACCGUCCUGCCCCUCCCCCGCCUCACUACUUUGCCCCCCCCGGCCCCGGCGCCUACGGACCUGCUCACUUCGGUGCUCCUGGUCCUCACGGCCCCCCGGGACCGCAGGGCCCCCCUGGUGCCCCUCCUCAGGUAAGGUUCCCUGGGUAG